AUGGGUAUUUUAGCAAAAGCGCUAAUGAGAACUCUUAAGGCCGGUAAUGAAGACUUACAUGUUGACAUGUCUUCAACAAAGAAAGUCCCUGAAAAGUUCCAAUUUUGUACGGAGAGAACUAUGCCAAUGGUUCGUCUAUGGAAUAGAGGGGGGUACUUUCUUUUUUCCUCCAGACAAUCCUUAGACAAAUUUAAGGCAGAUGGGGGUUCCGCCAAAUUUGUUGCCACGAAUAAGGAAGGUGUUGGUAUUCCUUUAUUCCAUAUUACAAGAGAAGUGAUAGAAUUGGUUCCUUCCUUUAACAUGUACAAAUACGAAAUUAUAUCUGCUGAUGAUCCACCAAUUUAUUCUAAUCAUGCUGAAUUGGUUUCCGAUAACGGAAAAUUUAAACUGUAUAAGAUACCAUUCUGUAAGAUUAGUACCACUGUCAAUGCUACAAGAAUUGAACACCAUUUCAACUAUUUCACAGUCAAGGAAUUUAAUAAUUCUUUAAUUAGACAACCUAUGUUCAGAGACAUGGAUACCGAGAUUGAAUCUUCACUCUUGAGAUGGCACACUAAUUAUACUCCAGUGUUGACAAAUACACACUAUAGCCUGGAAUUACUACCUCAGAAGAUGCCAAGUUUGUAUGAUGAUAAGUCGGUCACCGUGAGGAACAAAUUAAUUGGUGAACCUGUUUACGAUAAGUUUGUUGUGGGUCAUCUCACGAGUGAUACCAGUGAUUUAAUGCCAAGGACAACUUUUAAAGUGGCAAAAUUAAUCGUGGGGGAAACUACUGAGACUGACUCACUUGGUAUUUCCGAUAUCCCAUUGACUACACAAAUUAUUGCAUGCCAGAGUAUGUUAAUCUAUUAUGUCGACGAACUCAAAGACACGGAAAGGAGUCGUAGAAGAACAGGCAGACAGCGUUUGAACACCAAUCAAAUAAUCUUUUAA